AGCACAUUGCUAUAAUCAGCUGUCUUAUCAUUGUACCUUGAUCAUUGAUUGCUUGUAUUUAUAGUUAUUUACAAAAUUUCAUAAUUGUUUUGUGCUAACAAAUACUUCGAAAUGCGAAAAAACUGGAGCAAGUGGAAUUUAACAUCGAGAUAGCGAAUUUAUAUAAAUUCACUUUAUUUUUACAACAAACCUAAAAUAAUUGUGUGAAAAAUGGCCGAUGAAAAAACUACAGUGCAAGAAUUUAAGUUGGAUCCGGAUUGCGAAUUGAGAUUUGAAGUAGAGAGCAAGAAUGAAAAAGUCACUUUAGAGUUAAAGAAUGGUCUGGCAGAAGUUUUUGGUACAGAAUUAGUCAAAGGAAAAAAGUAUGAGUUUACAGCUGGUGCAAAAGUUGCAGUUUACACUUGGCAGGGCUGUACUGUCGAAUUAGUUGGAAAAACGGACGUCAGCUAUGUGGCAAAGGAGACGCCUAUGGGACUGUACUUGAAUUGCCAUGCGGCGAUGGAACGGAUGAGAGAGACAGCAGAAAAGGAUGAUACAAGGGGUCCUAUAACGAUGGUCGUGGGCCCUUGCGACGUGGGAAAAUCUACACUUUGUAGAAUACUGUUGAACUAUGCCGUUAGGAUGGCAAGAAGACCGAUCUUCGUUGAUCUUGAUGUUGGUCAGGGACAUAUAGCAAUACCUGGCACUGUGGGUGCUUUGCUGGUUGAACGACCAUCUAACAUAGUGGAUGGUUUCAGCCAACAAGCUCCACUGGUGUUUCAUUUUGGACACAAAACGCCACAAGCCAAUGUAGCACUUUACAACCUGCUUGUAACGCGCUUGGCGGAAGUCUGUUCAGACAGAUUGCAAGCCAACAAGAAGGCAAAAGCGUCGGGAAUCGUCAUAAAUACAUGUGGCUGGGUUAAAGGAGACGGAUACAAGUUGCUUACGCACGCUGCGCAGGCGUUUGAGGUGGAUGCCAUUCUGGUACUGGAUCAGGAGAGACUUUAUAACGAAUUGGUGAGAGACAUGCCAGAUUUCGUGAAGGUGGUCUUCCUGCCGAAGAGCGGUGGAGUCGUCGAGAGGAGUCAGGCGCAGCGAACCGAAGCGAGGGACCAGGGUGUCAGGGAAUAUUUCUAUGGUUCUCGGACACCGUUGUAUCCGCAUAGCUUCGAGGUGAAGUGGAGCGAAGCGAGAUUGUACAAAAUUGGAGCGCCAGUUUUACCGGCUUCCUGCAUGCCGUUGGGCAUGAAGGCAGAGGACAAUCUGACGAAACUGGUGGCCGUUACGCCGGGACCCAGCUUGCUCCAUCAUUUGUUAUCUGUUUCUUUCGCCGAUUCUCCCGAAGAUGACGUUGUACAGACUAACGUAGCUGGAUUCGUUUGCGUGACUAACGUGGAUGUCGAGAGGCAGACGUUUACCGUACUUAGCCCACAACCUAGGCCAUUACCAAACACAGUACUAUUACUGUCGGAUAUACAAUUUAUGGAUAGCCAUUAGAUAUAUAGAUGAUAUUUUUUCUAUAUAACAUUAAAUAAUAUAAUAAAUGUAAUAAAAAUUAAUAGCAAGAGAAAAUCUUUUGUAACAAAAUAAUAAAUUUUUACCUAACGUUCACACGUAGCAAAUUUAAGAUGCGAGAAUGUAACAUCUUAUAAAUAAAUUCGUAAGCAUUUGUAUUAUUUAAGUACGUAUAUUUGUGUUGUUGUUUGAGGGAUAAUGAAAAAACAAGACCACAGAAUUUCAAAUAUUAGCAUUUCCAUGUUUGUAGUUUAUGAUAUCCUUCUUGCUUAAUUUUCCUCCAUUUUAUAUAAAUUAUGUUGUAUAUGUAUAUGAAUUUUGUACAAGAUUCUUGAUUUUUAAACAUUUUUGAACAAUUAUAUCUGGUUCAAUAAUC